ACUCAGAUGUGAAGAGUAGCAGGAAGCACUGCAUGUGUUAUAAUGAUCAGGGGAAGUUUCCGACUCUCCUUAUCUGCCAGCACUUAUGCACAAAGGGGUUCAUUUACAACCCCGGAGCAUGACUUCACGUUGUUCCCUCAUCGGAAUUAUUCAGUAACAAGUGAAUCACGCAUCCCUUCAGAACAAACUCUGAAAUCGCUAACUGAUAUACCAGGCAACUGGAGAAGGAACUGGCUUAAUGUGUAUUAUUUCUGGAGGAGCAAGGGUUUUAACAAUGCACACCAUCUGAUGUCAGACAACUUCAAUAAGUAUGGACCAAUUUACAGGGAAAAGAUUGGCUACUAUGACAGUAUAUAUAUUAUUAAUCCUGCAGAUGCUGUUAUUAUGUUCAAAUCAGAGGGUCCACUCCCAAAGAGGUUGGAGGUGGCACCUUGGGCUGCUUACAGAGACCUUAGGAAAGAAAACUAUGGUGUCCAAUUACUAAAUGGAGAAAAUUGGAAAAGAACUCGACUCAUUCUUAACAACUCAAUUUUUGCACAGAGCAGUAUCCAACGGUUCGUGCCCCUUUUCAAUGAAGUGGUACUGGAUUUUGUGUCCAUGGUUCACAAAGAAGUUGAGAAAAGUAGAAGUGAUUGUUGGAAAACUGAUCUCACAAACGAUCUCUUCAAACUUGCACUUGAAUCAAUCUGUUACGUACUAUAUGGAGAACGCCUUGACUUACUGCAAAGGAAGUAUAACAAGGCAUCUCAGAAGUUUAUCGAUUCUGUUGCCAUGAUGUUCCAUUCUACACCAAUAAUGCUCUAUAUUCCUCCCUGUCUGCUGAAGACAAUCAAUUCGAAGAUCUGGCAGCAACACAUAGGUUCAUGGGACAAUAUCUUUGAACAUGCCGAUACCUAUGUAAAAAAAGCAUACAGGCAAUUUCAGCAGGGAUUCAAAAAUGAACACGCAUUCCCUGGCGUUCUUACAGAGCUAUUGCUGCAAGGGGUUCUCCCUUUUGAAGACAUCAGAGCCAGUUUAAUAGAUGUCAUGGCAGGCGCAAUUGACACAACGUCCACUACCCUACAUUGGAUGAUGUAUGAGCUUGCCAAACAUCCCCAUAUUCAGAAGAAUGUACGCUCUGAGAUUAUGGAAGCCCACCAGAAAACAGAAGGUGACCCAGUGAAGAUGCUAAAAUCAGUGCCGCUCCUCAAAUGUGUGGUGAAGGAGACGCUGAGACUUUAUCCGGUGGCUAUAUCAUUACAGCGAUUCCUAAAUGAAGACACUGUGCUGCACAAUUAUCAUAUACCAGCUGGGACGUUAGUACAGCUGGGGCUGUAUGCGAUGGGAAGGAACUCUAAGAUAUUUAAAAACCCAGAACAAUACAAUCCUGAAAGAUGGCUGAAGGGAGACGACACACACUUCAGACACCUUGGAUUUGGGUUUGGACCACGGCAGUGCGUUGGGCGCAGGAUCGCAGAGUCUCAAAUGGUUCUCUUUAUGAUUCAUAUGCUCCAAAACUUUAAAAUUGAAACUGAUCCAAUGACUGAGGUGAAAUCCAAGUUCAGCUUGAUCCUUAUCCCUGACAAACCCAUUAACCUAAAGUUUACACCCAUCAAAUGAAGAGAGA